GCGGCGCUGCCUCCUCCAAAUGAGCGAUUCGCCCGCUGGAUCUAACCCAAGGACACCCGAGAGCAGCGGCAGCGGCAGCGGCAGCGGCGGCGGCGGCGGGAAGAGGCCGGCGGUGCCGGCGGCCGUGUCCCUCCUGCCCCCGGCGGACCCUCUGCGCCAGGCGAACCGGCUCCCGAUCAGGGUCCUGAAGAUGCUGAGCGCUCACACCGGCCACCUCCUGCACCCGGAGUACCUGCAGCCGCUGUCCUCCACUCCCGUCAGCCCGAUCGAGCCGCCCUCGGCCCUGGUGGGGGCCGGCCACGUGGCCCCAGUGUCGCCCUACAAGCCCGGUCACUCGGUGUUCCCUCUGCCACCCUCCAGCAUCGGUUACCACGGCUCCAUCGUCGGCGCCUACGCAGGCUACCCGUCUCAGUUCGUGCCUGGCCUGGAUCCUAGCAAGUCUGGGCUCGUGGGAGGCCAGCUGUCGGGGGGUCUAGGGCUGCCUCCCGGCAAGCCCCCCAGCUCCAGCCCGCUCACCGGGGCCUCGCCGCCCUCCUUCCUGCAGGGAUUAUGCCGCGACCCCUACUGCCUGGGAGGCUACCACAGCGCCUCGCACCUGGGCGGCUCCAGCUGCUCCACCUGCAGCGCGCACGACCCGGCCGGGCCCAGCCUGAAGGCCGGGGGCUACCCGCUGGUGUACCCCGGGCACCCGCUGCAGCCCGCCGCGCUCUCGUCCAGCGCCGCCCAGGCCGCGCUCCCGGGCCACCCGCUCUACACCUACGGCUUCAUGCUGCAGAACGAACCGCUGCCGCACAGCUGCAACUGGGUGGCGGCCAGCGGGCCGUGCGACAAGCGCUUCGCCACCUCGGAGGAGCUGCUCAGCCAUCUACGGACUCACACGGCCCUGCCGGGCGCGGAGAAACUUCUGGCCGCCUACCCCGGGGCCUCCAGCCUGGGCAGCGCCGCCGCCGCGGCCGCCGCCGCCGCCUCCUGCCACCUGCACCUCCCCCCGCCCGCCGCCCCCGGCAGCCCGGGGUCACUGUCAUUGCGGAGUCCACAUACUUUGGGGCUAAGCCGGUACCACCCUUAUGGCAAGAGCCACCUCUCCACAGCCGGGGGCCUGGCUGUGCCGUCCCUCCCCGCAGCCGGACCCUACUACUCACCGUACGCGCUGUACGGACAGAGACUCGCGUCAGCCUCGGCGCUCGGAUACCAGUAACCACAGCUCUGCCCCCACCCAGCCCUCCUCUCCCCGGCCCUGUCCCCACUGCCGUGGCCGCUGCAACCUCUGCUAGUCCCUGCCAGGAUCCCGCCCAGGCCCUCCCCACCGAACUGUAUUUAUUUACUAUAAUGUUAGCUUACAAGCUGGGGAUGGCUAUGUGUAUUAACAGCCCACACGAGUCAAUGGUAUGCAAAAAAAGGUCCACGUUCCUCCCGAAUAAUAUUAACCACACCGAUGACUACCUGACCGCCCUCUCCCACCCUUCCUUUUAUUUUUCUUAGGUAUCAGUUUUAAAUUUUUGUUCCUUUGGGGUUUUUUUUUUGUU